CAAUGUGCAGGGCAGAGGCGCCGUCGCCUGACGUGGCAGUCGAAGCGGCAGUGGCGCUUCCUGAGGAGCCCACGAGCCCGUCCCUCGCCCCCUUCCUUGCCGUCUCUUGCGCCGCCUUUGCGGUCCGUCGCUCAGCUUGGUGAGCGCGCCCGCCCGCGCCAUUCACUCUCCUCCUCUUGCCUUUCUCAGCCCCCUUAAGGACCUGCAGCGCCGCGCCGCGCCGGCGUCUAAGCCAAGCUACGCGCAUAAACCCGCAUCCCUCUCUCUCAUUUUCUCAUCCUCCCCACGCUGCGUCGGAGCCUUGUGCCUGGCGCCUCUGCCUGCGGCUUUUUCCUGCCUUUCUCUCCUCUGCACUCGCUUGCAGGAUGGAUUUACCCGCCAGCCAGUGCAAAAAAGUCAAGCUGAGUAACAAAGUGCAGAGCUGGGGAAUGCAGAGAGCUACUAAUGUCACCUAUCAAGCCCACCAUGUCAGUAGAAAUAAGAGGGGUCAAGUGGUGGGGACCAGAAGUGGUUUUCGAGGUUGCACAGUCUGGCUAACAGGGCUGUCUGGAGCUGGGAAGACCACAGUGAGCAUGGCCCUGGAAGAGUAUCUAGUGUGCCAUGGCAUUCCAUGCUAUACGUUAGAUGGUGACAAUAUCAGGCAAGGCCUCAAUAAGAAUCUAGGCUUCUCACCAGAAGACAGGGAAGAAAAUGUGCGCCGGAUUGCUGAGGUUGCCAAGCUGUUUGCAGAUGCUGGCCUGGUGUGCAUCACUAGCUUUAUUUCUCCCUAUGCCCAGGACCGCAACAAUGCUAGACAAAUUCAUGAAGUUGCAAGUCUGCCUUUCUUUGAAGUGUUUGUGGAUGCUCCACUGUAUGUUUGUGAGCAGAGAGAUGUGAAAGGCCUCUACAAAAAAGCUCGUGCUGGAGAAAUUAAGGGUUUUACUGGCAUUGACUCAGAGUAUGAGAAGCCCGAAGCCCCUGAGUUGGUACUCAAAACAGAUUCCUGUGAUGUCAAUGACUGCAUUCAACAAGUUGUGGAACUUCUGCAAGAGAGGGAUAUUGUACCAGUGGAUGCCUCUUAUGAGGUUAAAGAGCUGUAUGUACCUGAAAACAAACUUAAAUUGGCUAAAACAGAUGCAGAGACUUUACCAGCCCUGGAAAUAAAUAAGGUGGAUAUGCAGUGGGUGCAAGUUCUGGCAGAAGGUUGGGCAACUCCUCUUAAUGGCUUCAUGAGAGAGAGAGAAUACUUGCAGUGUCUUCAUUUUGAUUGUCUGUUGGAUGGGGGAAUUAUUAACCUAUCAGUGCCUAUAGUGCUGACAGCUACACAGGAAGACAAAGAGAGACUAGAUGGCUGCACAGCAUUUGCUUUGUUGUAUGAAGGCCGGCGCGUGGCUAUUGUCCGCAAUCCAGAGUUCUUUGAGCAUCGAAAAGAAGAGCGUUGUGCUAGACAGUGGGGAACAACAUGCAAGGAGCACCCCUACAUCAAGAUGGUCAUGGAACAGGGAGACUGGCUUGUGGGUGGUGAUCUGCAAGUCCUUGAUCGUAUUUAUUGGAAUGAUGGUCUUGAUCAGUACCGUCUCACACCUGCUGAGCUAAAGCAGAAGUUCAAAGACAUGAAUGCUGAUGCCGUCUUUGCUUUCCAGUUGCGCAAUCCUGUGCACAAUGGGCAUGCUUUGCUAAUGCAAGAUACUCAUAAGCAGCUUUUGAGUCGAGGUUACAGACGCCCAGUUCUACUCUUGCAUCCUCUUGGUGGUUGGACGAAGGAUGAUGAUGUUCCUCUGAUGUGGCGAAUGAAGCAACAUGCAGCAGUGCUGGAGGAAGGAAUACUGGAUCCUGAGACCACCGUGGUGGCUAUAUUUCCUUCUCCCAUGAUGUAUGCUGGACCAACUGAGGUUCAGUGGCACUGCAGGUCGAGAAUGGUAGCUGGAGCAAAUUUCUACAUUGUGGGCCGAGAUCCUGCCGGCAUGCCUCAUCCCGAGACUGGAAAAGAUCUCUAUGAUCCAACCCACGGUGCCAAAGUACUGACUAUGGCGCCAGGCCUGAUAACGCUGGAAAUUGUACCCUUUAGAGUGGCGGCAUAUAACAAGAAAAAGAAAUGCAUGGAUUACUAUGAUUCGGAUCACCAUGAAGAUUUUGAAUUCAUUUCAGGAACUCGUAUGCGCAGGCUGGCUCGAGAAGGGCAGAAUCCUCCUGAAGGUUUCAUGGCUCCUAAAGCAUGGACUGUGCUGACAGAGUAUUACAAAUCCUUGGAAAAAGCUUAGACUGCUUAUUAACUUCAGCUCGAUCUUUGACGCUUGAUUUAUUAACAAGAAGGGGGACCACACAGUCACUGUUUGGCACUGCUUUGUGUAGUGUCUAUUGGGAACCUUUUCCCUAAAAUAAAAUCCUUUUCUCCUUAACUUAGCAUCAUUCUCUGCCUGUCUUAUGGGUUCUAUUACAUAUUGGCCCUAGCAAACUCCUGGUUUUAAUGUUUUCCCUUUUAUUACAAUUAAUAUUCUUGCAGUAAAAAUUUUAAAUCUAACCUUUUUAAUAUUCUUUUUAUGUUUCUUUGCGCUGUAGUUUUCUGUGUUGCUGCAGUUUUUCUUCCUUUCACAUAAUAUAAUGUAGCUCUCUCCUCUCCUCUCCUCUCCUCUCCUCUCCUCGUUUCCAAGAUAAAUAUGGCAGUCUUGAUUUAUAUGAACUAGAAAUAGGUGCUAAAUUUAAUACAUUUUUAAGAGGUACUACACUUGUACUUUCUGUUAGUGGUCUAUUACGUUCUUGUACGAAAUCUCCAAAUCAGACUUCCAUAUACUACAAAUUAAACUUUCUUUAAGGAA